AUGAAUCCAGCAUUCGCCUCAGAAUUCAGAGAAUCCAGCAGCGUACCCUCUACGCCUGGCCCUACGUCUAUACAUGACAUACGUCAGAAGUCAGGACAGCCGCUCACAGGAAAGCGUCUGUUAGUCGCAAACAGAGGUGAAAUCGCCGUCAGAAUUAUUAGAUCCGUACACGAACUUUCUAUGCAGACAGUAUCAAUUUACUCCCACGAAGACAGAUUGUCUUCUCACCGCUACAAGUCAGACGAAGCAUACCAAGUUGGAGCAGGUAAACCCCCUGUCAGCGCUUACUUAGACCAAGAUGACAUUGUUAGAAUCGCCAAAGAACACAAAGUAGAUCUCAUCCACCCUGGUUACGGUUUCCUUUCUGAGAACGCCGAGUUCGCAAGAAAGUGUGCAGAGAAUGGAAUUACUUUCGUUGGUCCAACACCAGAGGCCAUUGACGGCUUGGGUGACAAGACUAAGGCACGCAAGCUCGCAAUGGAGAGCAACGUCCCUGUCGUACCUGGUACAAAAGGUGCAAUCGAUUCAUAUGAUCAAGCAAAUGCUUUCAUUGAAGAGUACGGUUUCCCUGUUAUCAUCAAAGCUGCCAUGGGUGGUGGUGGCCGUGGUAUGCGUGUCGUCAGAUCACAAGGCGAAUUUGAGGAGGCUUUCGGUAGAGCUGUUUCUGAAGCUAAAUCAGCUUUCGGUGAUGGUACAGUGUUCGUUGAAAGAUUCCUUGACCAUCCACGUCACAUUGAGGUUCAAUUGCUCGCUGAUAGUCAUGGUAACGUCAUCCACUUGUUCGAGCGUGACUGCUCUGUUCAGCGUCGUCACCAAAAGGUUGUAGAAAUUGCUCCUGCACCUAACCUCUCCGAUGAAGUACGUAACUCUAUCCUCAAUGAUGCAAAGACUCUCGCAAAGGCUAUCGGUUAUCGCAACGCUGGUACAGCCGAGUUCCUUGUCGACCAAAUGGGUAGACACUACUUCAUUGAAAUUAACCCACGUAUCCAAGUCGAACACACUAUCACUGAAGAAAUUACCGGUAUUGAUAUCGUAGCCGCACAAAUCCAAAUCGCAUGCGGUGCCUCACUCGCUCAAUUAGGCCUCACCCAAGACAAGAUCACAAAGCGUGGUUCCGCAAUCCAGUGUAGAAUUACGACCGAAGAUCCAUCCGUCGGUUUCGCUCCUGAUACUGGUAGGAUUGAAGUAUACAGAUCAGCUGGUGGUAACGGUAUUCGUUUGGAUGCUUCUAAUGGUUACGCUGGUGCAGUCAUCACCCCUCACUAUGAUUCCCUUCUUGUCAAGGUUUCAGUUAGAGGUCAAUCAUAUGACCUUGCUCGUAGAAAGAUGCUUCGUGCAUUGGUCGAGUUCCGUAUUCGUGGUGUCAAGACCAACAUCCCAUUCUUGUUCCGUUUGCUCACCCACGAAGUCUUCGUUGCCGGUAACACGUGGACUACAUUCAUCGAUGACAGCCCAGAAUUAUUCAAGUUGGUUACUUCCCAAAACAGAGCACAAAAACUCCUUACAUACCUCGGUGAUGUUGUCGUUAACGGUUCAUCUAUUAAGGGUCAAGUUGGUGAACCUGGUUUGAAGUCUGAAAUUGUCGUACCAAAACUUCCUUCACGUGAUGGUUCCGCCGAUGCUCAUGACACUAGCAAGCCAUGUACAUCUGGUUGGAGAAACGUUAUCCUUGAGAAGGGUCCUGAAGGUUUCGCAAAGGCGAUCCGUGACUACAAGGGUUGCUUAAUUAUGGAUACCACAUGGAGAGAUGCUCACCAAUCACUCUUGGCUACACGUUUGCGUACUGUUGAUAUGGCAAACAUCGCAAAGGAAACUUCACAUGCACUUGCAAACGCCUAUUCACUCGAAUGUUGGGGUGGUGCUACAUUUGAUGUUGCUAUGCGUUUCCUUUAUGAAGACCCAUGGCAAAGACUCCGUACCCUUCGUCAGCUUGUUCCAAACAUUCCAUUCCAAGCUCUCGUUCGUGGUGCCAACGGUGUCGGUUACACAUCAUACCCAGACAACGUCAUCUAUGACUUCUCAAAGAAGGCCGUUGAAAAUGGUCUCGAUAUCUUCCGUGUUUUCGACUCACUUAACUACAUUGAAAACAUGAAGUUGGGUAUUGAUGCAGCUAAGAAGGCCGGUGGUGUUGUCGAAGCUACUGUCUGUUACACUGGUGAUGUUGCUUCACCUAAUGAGAAGAAGUAUACUCUUGAAUACUACGUCAACUUCGUCCAAGAACUUGUUGACUGUGGUAUCCACGUACUCGGUAUCAAGGACAUGGCUGGUUUGCUUAAGCCACAUGCAGCAACAUUGCUCAUUGGCGCUAUCCGUCAACGCUUCCCAGAGCUUCCAAUCCACGUUCACUCACAUGACACAGCUGGUAUCUCAGCAGCAUCCAUGCUCGCAUGUGCUCAAGCAGGUGCUGAUGUUGUCGAUGUUGCUAUUGACUCAAUGUCUGGUUUGACAUCACAACCAUCAAUGGGUGCAGUUGUCUCAGCACUUGAACAAACUGGUCUCGGUGCUGGUAUUCGUCAUGAAGACAUCCAAGCACUUAAUCUCUACUGGACUCAAUGUAGAAUUCUCUAUCAAUGCUUCGAAGCCAAUGUCCGUUCAUCUGACUCUGGUGUCUUCGAUCACGAGAUGCCUGGUGGUCAAUACACCAACUUGAUGUUCCAAGCACAACAAUUAGGUUUGGGUACACAAUGGACCGAGAUCAAGCAAAAAUACAUUGAGGCCAAUGAACUUUGUGGUAACAUUGUUAAGGUCACACCUUCAUCAAAGGUUGUCGGUGAUCUUGCUCAAUUCAUGGUUUCAAAUCAACUCUCAAAGAAGGAUGUUGAGGAGAGAGCUGACAAGCUUGACUUCCCUAACUCAGUUAUUGAAUUCUUCCAAGGUUACCUCGGUCAACCAGUUGGUGGAUUCCCUGAGCCAUUGAGAACUAAGAUUAUUAGAGACAAACCACGUAUUGAUGGCAGACCAGGUAUUGGUAUGACUCCAGUUGACUUAAAGCAAGUUAAGAAGGACCUUGUUCAAAGAUUUGGCAAACAUAUCACCGAUGCUGAUGUAUCAUCUUACUGCCUCUACCCUAAGGUCUUCGAGGAAUACCAAAACUUUGUAGAAAAGCAUGGUGAUCUCUCAGCUGUCCCAACUAGAGUCUUCUUGGCACCACCACAAAUUGGUGAAGAAGUCAACGUUACCAUCGACCAAGGUAAAACGCUUCUCAUCAAGUUGUUGGCUGUUGGUGCACUUGACCAACAAAAGGGUGUAAGAGACGUCUUCUUCGAAUUGAACGGUGAAGUUCGUGCUGUUUCAAUCUUGGACAAUUCAGCAGCAGUCGAUCAUGUACAAAGAGAGAAGGCAACAAGAGAACCAGGUUCAGUUGGUGCACCAAUGGGUGGUGUCAUUAUCGAAUUGAGAGUACAUGAAGGUCAAGAAGUUAAAGAAGGUGACCCAUUAGCUGUUAUUUCAGCAAUGAAGAUGGAGAACUCAAUUAGUGCGCCUGCGUCUGGUAAAAUUGCCAGAGUUGUAGUUCACGAAUCUGACUCUCUCUCCGCUGGUGACCUUAUAUGCGAAAUUGCUAGAUAA